GAACAUGUCCUCCUCUGCCCUUCGUUACUGCAACGCUCUACGUCAAACCCAAGUACACCUCCCAAAUCCAAGGACGAAACCGAUCCUCUCUCCUCCUCCUCCUCCUCCUCCGCCGCCGGCGGCGCCAUUUGAGCCUCAACAAGAACCUUCUGCUUUACCUUCCCCCUUCCGCCUCCUCAUAUCCUCCAUCAAGACCCUCGCCGCCGAAGGCCGCCUCUCCCAUGCCUUCUCCUGCUUCUCUCUGCUCCGCCUCCGCUGCUUCUCCGCCUCCCUCCUCCACCCCCUCGCCUCCCUCCUCUCUUGCUGCACCUCCCAGGGCACCCUCGCCCAUGGCCUGCAGCUCCAUGCUCUCUGCCUCACUCUCGGCUUCCACGACCACCCUCGUAUUCUCCCAAAGCUGACCUCCUUUUAUGCCAAUUUGGGCCUACUGCCGGACGCCCAUGGCAUCGCCCUUUUCUCCGGCAGCUCGGAGGUCAUCCAAUGGAACCUUUUGAUCUCUGCCUACAUUAGGGACGGCCAGACCUCCAAUGCGCUCCUCGCCUAUAGGGAUCUGGUUCAGAGAGGCGUCGAGCCUGAUAAAUUUACCUACCCACCCGUCCUCAAGGCUUGCGGAGAUUUGCUUGACUUGGAGUUUGGCAGGGAGGUGCACAGGACCAUCGAUGGCAGCGGCAUGGAGUGGAACCUGUUCGUCCACAAUGCGCUCGUGGCGAUGUAUGCUAAAUGCGGUGCAUUGGAAGUUGCAUGGAAGCUGUUCGAAGAAAUGCCGAUUAGAGAUGUGGUAUCGUGGAACUCCAUCGUGUCGGCGUAUGCAUCACGGGAGAUGUGGGAGGAGGCAUUCGAGUUGUUCGAGCGGAUGAGAGCGGAAGGUUUGGAGGUGAACAGUGUAACGUGGAACACAAUUGUUGGUGGGCAUUUGCAGAGGGGCAAUCCUAGAGAAGCUUUGAGAUUGAUUUCUGAGGUGACUUGCAGUGGUUCAGAGGUCGACUUUGUGACUUUAGUUGUCGGUCUUAGUGCUUGCUCUCACGUCAGAUCGCUGAAAUUGGGGAAACAGCUCCAUGGGUUUGCAAUCCGUAGCUGCUGUGAUCGGCUUGAGAAUGUCCGCAAUGCCUUGAUUGCAAUGUACUCAAGGUGCGACCAUAUAGCGCAUGCCUGGCUCUUGUUUCAGAAAGCUGAGUUCAGGAGUUUAGUUACUUGGAACACAAUGAUCACUGGGUUCAGCCUCACAGACCAAGCUGAGGAAGCUUCUAUCGUUUUCAGAGAUAUGAUACAUUCAGAAGUUCAGCCAAACUACGUAACCAUUGUCACAUAUCUUGCGCUAUGUGCUCGUGUUGCAAACCUCCAGCAUGGGCGGGAGCUCCAUUGCUACAUCACUAAGCAUGAUUUUCAGCUCUACCUCCUACUCUGGAAUUCCCUAAUUGACAUGUAUUCCAAGUCUGGAAAAAUCUUGGUAGCUAAAUGUGUGUUUGACUCGAUGACCAAUCGUGAUGAAGUAUCAUACACUUCAAUGAUAGCCGGUUAUGGAUCUCAAGGUGAAGGAAUUGCUGCCCUGCAACUGUUUCAUCAGAUGAUUGACUGUGGGAUGAAACCAGACCACAUAAACAUGGUUGCUAUCCUCUCAGCUUGUAGCCACUCUGGACUUGUAUCUCAGGGUCAAAAGCUCUUUGACAUGAUGGUUGACACAUAUGGCAUUGUGCCACAGAUGGAACAUUACUCUUGCAUGGUUGAUCUAUUUGCUCGAGCUGGAUUGGUUGCAAAAGCAGAGGAAUUGCUUAAUAAAGCUCCAAUACCACCGACAGCGGCUAUGUGGGCAGCUCUAGUAGGAGCAUGCCAGGUCUAUUUGAACACAGAGAUUGGAGCAAGAGCUGCAAAGAAGCUCUUAGAGAUGGGGACAGACAAUUCGGGGCACUAUGUAUUGAUUGCUAAUAUGUAUGCAACUGCUGGAUGUUGGGAUGAGCUUGCAAAGGUGAGGACAAUGAUGAGGGAUUUGGGUGUUAGGAAAACACCAGCUUUGGCUUGGGUUGAUUUAGGAAAUGGAUUUCAUCCUUUCUUGGUGGAUGAUCGGUCAAACCCUCUUGCACAUGAAAUAUACGAGGUGUUGGACAUAUUAACUGGACAAAUGAGUGAUCCUAUGCAACUUGAAAUUGUGGAUUUCAGAUCUUCUGAUAACAUUGAGGGGUGAAAAAUUUUUGAUCUCAGACAUAGAAUUAGCUAUUUAGCUUCCAUUUGUCAGAAAUGCCCGUGUAAACUUAAACCUGGAAUCAUUCACAAACUUAAACCAUGCAUAGAUCUAAAUGGACAUUACAUCAUUCUAGGAUUGGCACAUUUCAAAGACCAUGAAGUCGUUCAUCAUGCUGACCAAUAACAGAUGAACGAACAUAGCAAAUUUUGUUUAUUUGUUAUUUGCAACAUGGACUCACGAGCAGCAAAGACGGUUACCAGUCGGACUGAUUAAAAUUGGGCAAAUCUUUGCUGCAGAUGAUUCUCUGCAAUAAAGAUUAAAAACUAUGGUUUCAGCUGAGUACUAAUGAAAGACUGGGCUUAGAAUAUCUACCAAGAAUUUGCAACACUAACAAUAAAUGCUUUCAGCUGGUGGAUGAUUCUUAUUUUCUCAAGCUUAAAUCUACAGAACCUGCAGCACUACUGGCAACCAUCAAUUUAUUUAGUGCCUCAACAGAAGGUUCCUAUUUGAGGUUCAUCUUGUAGAAGACAGUGUAGCCAGAUAAUUUUCAAAAAUAAUCACAUUGCAUCUCUGUUAAGUGUCUUUUCACGAGUUUGAUUUACAAUUACCAGCUUGCGGAAUUACGACUCCUAGUCAUGACACUAGCACAGGUCCAUCCUGUUUGUAAUUCAUAAACUGUUCAACUAACUGUUUAGUAUGGACAUGAAAAUCAAAUUGAUUCGUGAAUCACUUUGUUGAGUAUGUUUACUGGGUUUCCCCAUUCUGAAUAACAUUUUAUAUUGAGUUCAACAUUGUUAUGAUGCUUUUGAAUCCCCAGCAUGAUUAUGAAAGGCAUCGUUACAUAUAGAGAUUACUGGAUC